AUGAUGAGUCUAGCCGAGGCCAAAGAUGCUUCAUCGAUUCGGCUCUUCCAACUGCCCAUAGCCAGGGGUAUUGUUGCCCAACUUGUCCAGGCUGUGGUGUUCCUACACUCCGAGGGCAUUGCUCAUGGUGAUCUCCAUGCUGGUAAUAUUUUAAUCCGUCUGCCGGAGAGUAUAGACACACUCUCGAAAGAGCAGCUAUACGAGAGAGAGUCCUUUACGCCACUUAGUAGUAAGCGACAUUACUCGAAUGUCCUGGACACUCUAGUUCCCCCAGAAGCCCAUUUUGAAUCCGAAACGCCGCUUUCCUUUCCUUCUGAUAUCUGGACUCUGGCAUGUACGAUUUGGACAAUCAUCGCCCAGCAACCGCUCUUUGAAGGAUUUAAUCCUUCAGCUGACUGGUGGGACUCUCGUGCACGGUGGUUCAAUAAAAAUAGCACAAGACACAGUGGCGCCACCGCAAGGCCACUAGUGCAGCGAUUCCACGAUGCAGUGCAGAAACCAAGACGGAAGUUUGACAUGAGUGAAAUAGGACAGGAGGAGAAGACUGCCUGGUUCGCUAUAUUACAUACUAUAUUGGCAUUUCGGCCCGAGGAGAGGCUGACGGCUGUGCAAGUCAUGGGAUGCGAAUGGAUGCAGAAAUGGGCUUUACCUGAACUUGCACGCAUGAAAAUCCAAUAG